GUUUCUGAAGUCAGCUCCCUGACAUGCCCUCACCUCUGAAGCAAGCCAGGUUUGCUCCUCCUCAUCUGAACAUCAAAGCUGCCAUGAAGUUUCAGGUGUCCCUUGUGAUCUUCAUAUUCUGCCUUGAUGCAGCUGACAGCUUGACAUGCCAGAAGUGCUUGAGCAAGAACGGGAAGUGUGCAAAGAACGAAGUGGAGGUUUGUGAGCAGUCUCAAGACGCUUGCUUCAUUGAGACCAAGGACUACGCUGGUUUGGAUGCAGGAACGGUGAAACUGGGCUGUGGCGACUCAAAUUUGUGCCGCCGCUAUCAUAAAGGGAACAGGGGAUCUUUAAGCUGGUCAAUGAUUUGUUGCUCCUUUGAUCUAUGCCAGCCUCUGACACGUGAUGUUCACAGAAAUGGAUCAAAAAAUGGUGUGCAGUGUCAAAGCUGCAUCGGGAGCGCAGCUGAAUGUGGCCACAAUGCGCCCACAGAGCCAUGCUAUGGGAGUGAAGACCAGUGCGUGCAGAUCUCCCAGCACCUCCUGCCAGGUGAAGAAACAGAACCCAUCAUAAAGGGAUGUGGAGGCAGUUCCUUUAAGGACACAUUGGUGGCGUACCAGAUCGGGAGAGAUUUUGCCUUUGUUGAGCAAAAGGUCUGCAGCAGUUCCAACUGCAACAACGGGAGCUUCCCAGUCAUAACUUCCGGACAGCCCAAUGGGCUGCAAUGCUAUACUUGCCAGGAGUCUGGGCAUGGGGAGUGCGCUCAGGACAGACUGCAAGUUUUAAAUUGCACAGGAGUCAUGGAUCAGUGCGUACGUGUCAUCGACAGAGAGAACAGAACUGUGACCCUUCAGAAAGGCUGUGCCACUGAGACCAUGUGCAGCAGCUACGAGGAUAUCUAUUCCAAACUGAUGGAGCUGGAUUCCUUUGUUGAGUGUUGCAAAACUUCCCUCUGCAACCAAGCCGGCGAGCUUUCUGGCCCACAGAUGCUACUGAUGGUGGCUGCUUCUGCCUGGUGGCUGGCAUGGAUGGCUUGACCACAAUGGCAGCUGUCUGGGUAAGCCUUCAAUAAAGGAUCGGGCCAGUCUUUGAAGGUUGGUUGCAUACAUGGGAAUAGGUGCUCGCCGGCUGCUGGGGCUCCUGUAUCUGCCUGGAAGGAGGUGGCACUGAAGCACUGCUCCCCUACUGUCUAUAUGCCAUGCCAAGACUGGAUUACUGCAAUGCGCAGCAUGUGGGGCUUUCCUUGUGCUUGAUCCGGAAGCUGCAGUUAGUGCAGAAUGCUGCGGCAAAAGAUUAAGACCCUGGUCAAAAGAGGACACCUUUGUCCAGAGGCCUGUAGUAGUUACCAAUUUGCUGCUGGGCCACGUUCAAAGAGUUACUAUUGGUAUAUAAAGCCCUUAACAACCUGGGACCAAUUUACCUGCGAACAGUCUUACCCCACAUAUUGCAUGCCUGCUUGACUGCUUCAAUUACAGAUGCCACAAAAUAUUUGUAAGAAAUUGACCUUUUCUUGUGGCAGCAUCCCUGCCUAUUGACAUCAGCCAGCAGCCUUCAUUGUACUCUUUUCAGUGUCUGCUAAGAGCCUUUUUGCUUAAGCAAGCCUACCCAGAUAUGUAGAAUGUCAAAGUGUGUUUUAAUCUUUUUUUUAGCUCAUUGUUGAUUUUAAUUUUUUUUGGAAUAUUUUAAAUAGCUGUUUUUAAUGAUAAU